AUGUCAAAUGCUGUUGAAUUACAAUUUUUCUAUGGUCCACAAUCGCAUAUUAUCAACACUCAACUUCAAAAACAACAACCGGCUAGCAAACUUGUCAACCGAUAUCUUUCUACAGCUGCACAAUAUCUUAAUAGAACAAAGAGCUUUCAUCUAACAACAACCAAUAAUAACAAUAAUAAGAAUAAUAUUCAAGAAUAUAUAGAUGAUAAGAAUAUACUUACAAAUAAUCUAGCACAAUCUACACCAGCUAAUAUGGAUCAUAUAAAUGUUGCAACAAAUAUAAAAGUAUAUUCAAACAAUCUAUUAAUGUCUAUCAAUGAAACAAAUUCAUCUAGUUUACCUUUAAAUUGUAAUAAUAAUUCAAUCGAUGACAAUAAAUCACAAGGUUUUGUCAAUACAUUACGUCGAUCAUUACGAAAAAAUAAAGAACGUUUUUAUAACAAACGAUCGGCAACGAUGAAAUCAUGUCAUUCAUUGAAUACUUACGAACAAACCAUGAAUAAUCAUCAAAAUAUUCAUACAAAAAUUUCAAUGACACCAACUUUACUUUGUCGACAUCAACAUUUAACAAGUGAUAUUGAAACAUGUUCAAUAAGAAAUAUUAUGAUAGACAACAAAUAUAAUGAUCAAAUGCCUCCACUACAGCCUUUAACAAUCAAUGGACGUGAUCAACGAAAUCGUCAAUUAACUAAUGGACCUAUUGCUCAACAUCAAUUAACAUCUGUUUUACCACCAACUUCAUCACUUCAAUCUUUGUCACCUUUGAACACAACAAUAAAUUCAAUAGGAAAUAUACCAUCAACUAUGUCACCAGUAAAUAUGGAACAACAAUCAAUUAGUUCAGAUUAUGAUGAAAAAGAAAAAUUAAAAAAUGAUUUACAACAAUUAAAAAAUGAAUUACAAAAAUCAAAAGAAACAAUAACACGAUUACAAAAAAGUGAAGAACAAAUGCGUGAACGAUUAGCUGAACAAGCACAACGUCAAUUAGAAAAAGGUGGUAAAUUUGAAGAUUUAAAUCAAAUAUCUCGUCCAACUGAAUUAAUUCGUAGUUAUAAUUCUCUUUAUUCUCAAGCUCGAAUUGAUGCACUUGAUGCAUUAGAUAAUGUUCGUGAAAUGUCUGAUGCUGAAGAUCUUAAAUCAAAAUUACUUUUUUCUGUUGUUGUUCUUGCUUUUCGUCAUGCACAAAAUCAAGCAAAAGAUAUACGAAAUAAAAUUAAACAAAUUCUUCAAUUAAGUAAUGAUAAAAAUUCAAUAACAAUCGAAGAAACAAUUGAAAAAUAUCUAAGAAGUACAAUACUAAAAUAUGAUGUUGGAAAAAUUGCAUAUGAAGUUGAAAAUCAAUUAUGGUCUACAUUAUAUGAUUAUCCAACAUUAAAAUCUUGUAAUGAAUUACUUAAAUAUAUUAAUUCAGCAUGUCGAACAGCAUGGGGACUUGCCAAUCAAAAUCCACCGUAUUAUAUUGAAUUUCAAACAACAAAAUAUGAUAAACAAAUUCAUGAACGUUUUCAUACAUCUGAUAAUGAAAGUGAAACUAUUAUUGAAUAUAUAUGGCCAUGUUUAAUUGAUGGACGUGAUCGAAUAUGUGUAGCAAAAGGUGUUGUUAUUACUGAUGAACGUUAUUUAUCAAUGUCAAAAAAUAUAUCAUCUUAG